GCCCGUGUUGUGGUGCUAUCCGCGCCUUCAGCGUACGAGUACAGUAGCCUUUCGAAUGAUUUCUUCAAUGGUGUUCUUAAAAAAAAAAUCUCCUGAUCCACUGCAAACAAAACUUCCUUUCUAGACGGCGCCCAAUGACUGAAAAGAAAGUGCACGGAGGCGGGCUUGAUGCUAGCCUCUCUGCCGAGGAAUGCGGGGCGGAGGCGGUGGCGGAGAGCGGUGCAUCGCGGACUGGAGAGCAGGGGCGAUUAGGAGACGGCGGCUGCAGCGGCUCCCCCGCUGACAUGACAGCGUGCACCUCACAGGUAUAGAAACUGUGCUCUGAAACCAGGUUGAGUAAAGUGCCACAAUGGGAGCUGGAGGACAUCGGUGACAGCAGAUUUCUAGGAAUUAUUUUGUGUUGGAUGGAAGUAUAGUGAACGGUAGUAACUGCUAUCUUUAGUUCUAUUAGGAAGUAAAGAAAAAGAUACAUGAUGCUCACAAUCAAACUUCCCCAAGUAUUUGACUUUCAUCAAGUACCCCAUGUUUUCCGUGAGGAUGGCAUUAUUUCUGGGUAUCGGCAUCCUCGCAGUUCUGCUCUAGACUGCGUUCUUAGCAGCUUCCAAAUGACAAAUGAGACCAUCAAUAUCUGGACCCAUUUCCUACCUACAUGGUAUUUCCUGUGGAGGUUUCUUACACUGUAUUCAGUACUUGACUUCUGCAAUGAGCAGUACACCUGGCCCCUCCUGGUCUACAUGCUGGUCAUCUGCUUGUACCCUUUCACUUCCAGUUGUGCACAUACAUUUAGCACUAUGUCUCCUGAAGCUCGACACAUCUGUUACUUUCUUGAUUAUGGAGCCCUAAGCCUUUACAGUCUUGGCUGUGCUAUCACAUACGGAUUGUAUGUAAUGCCUGAUUGCUGGAUCAACAGCCUUCUUCAACAAUACUUUAUUCCAUUAGCUGUUUUCAACUCUCUUAUUUGCACUAGCCUGUCUUGCUAUUCAAGGUUUCCAGAGCUUGAAUAUCCCCAAUGGAGUAAAGUUCUCCGCACAACAGCUUUUGUUUAUCCAUUCUUGUUUGAUAACAUCCCUCUCUUUUACCGGGUGCUGCUCUGGGCAAUGGAGGGAUGCAUUCACAAUGAUGCCAUUUACAACCACUGUUAUCAUCUCAUUUUUGCUUUCUUAACUGGCUUCCUUUUUGCCUCCCACCUACCAGAAAGGUUGGCACCUGGCCGAUUCGAUUACAUUGGUCAUAGCCACCAGCUGUUCCAUAUCUGUGCCGUGGUGGGCACACAUUUUCAAAUGGAGGCCAUUUUGUCAGAUAUGAAUUCCAGGCAGCUGUGGCUCACCGCCAACACUAGCAAGCCUUCCUUCCUUGGCACAGUGGGUGCUGUGUCUAUUGCUGUGGUGCUUAAUUUGGCAAUUAUUGGGUUUUUUUGUGCAAAACUCAUAUGGGGAGAAAGCUCCAUAUCUUCUUGUAGUCGUCAUUUUAACAAUAACAACCAUAAACCUACACAUAAAGUAAAAUGAAGUGUUUUACUUAUAAUUACUGUCAGAAUGAUAAGUUAAAUUGACAAGUAUUAGAUUAAUGAAAAUAUGAGCAUUCCAUAGGAAUGUAAUCAAUGUGCCUUAUUUUGAAAUUACAGUAGGCUGUUCUUUCUUAUUAUAGAAAAGCAGGAAGUGAUAACUGUCAUUGAGUAAACAUAUUAAUCCACAGUUUAAUGGUGAUAUUUUCUGCAUUAUUAACUUAACUAAAUUGUUACAACCAAAUGUUUAAAGUAGGUCUAGAAGCUUGCUUUUAUGUUGGGCCAAAUUGAAUGUCUUCCAUUUGGAGAUCUUUAAAUCAAUGUUGUACCGGAAAUGCUGUGCCAUAUACUAAACAACACUUUAAUUUGUAGUUCAGGUUCUAAAUCAGUAACAUCCCAUUGCUGAUUUACAUUGGAACCAUUUCCCUAUAAAGAAAGUUCAGCUUGGACAGCCAAAUUACUGUUUUUGUUUUUUAAUAUAUUGCUACUAAAGAUGACACAAUACAAGGGAUAUAAAAGUAUUGCCCUGUAGUAAUACUUUAUUAAGGAAAAUUCUGCAUAGCCUACAUGAUCAUAUAUCCCUCAAGUUAAUUGAGUAUUAUCAGUUUGUACAGCCUAGGGUCAGAGAGACCUAUAGAAUAUUUUUAUUUUAGAAAGUGAGUACAAUUUGCAAGAGUCCAUUAAAUUAAUUAUAUCAUUCUAACAAAUAGCAAGAGGCAGACCAAAGAAAAAACAUUUUUUGUGCACUUGGAACUCCUUGUGACACAAAAGCCAUACCUUGAUUUCCCCUGCCCUGACUCUGGACAUUAGGAGUUUGUAUACUUUAUUGAGAGGAUGGUUAUAAAAGAAUCUACAGAUAUGUAAAAUAUGACAGCUGUAUCUGAGACAUACCUUCACAUACUUUAUUUCUUGUACUGUUGAGCUGAUUAUUGAAUAAGACUAUACAGUGCCUUGAAUUUCUUCUAAGGUUUACACAGAAUGUAAUUUAAACUGUGCAGAGUUGAACUGAUAUACAGUAUUGACAGUAAUAAAGAAUCCCUUUAAUAUAGCACCUGAAAAACAGUACUGUAAUGAAUAGCUUAAAUGGACAUAAUCUAAUAAAAAAAUUCUUACUGUAACAUACAGAACCUAAAAUGUUUUUCAGUAAGUUUAAAAAAUUGAUAUUUCCUUUUAUGCAAGUCAUAGACGAUGCUUUUUUGUGAUACAUUCUUUAAACAUUAUGCUCAGGAACACAGAACAAAACAACUAAAGCUUGAAGGAUUCGGUUUGAGUAAGUGGUGUGCAACAGACCAGAUCUUUUAAACAGUGCAAUUAAAAGUAAGUUAGACAUUCCAGCCAAUUUUUCCCUCUGUGCUCUACAUUUCCAAUCACAUAGAGAUUCUAAUUUAAAAGAAAAAGUACCCUACAAUAUUUAAUUAAUGAAUCAAAGUGUGUUAAGAGUAAGCUGUCAGCUGCCAUGUCAAAAAUGGGAAGCAUAUAGCGUACAAGUAAAACUGAAUGAUAUUUCAGCAUUGUUUAGGUUCCAGUUACCUUGUCAUUUUGCUCUCAUUAAGUAUAACAUUGACGUGUGUUUAUAUAUCAAUAGGUUACUAAGAAUGAAUCUUAACUUUCUUUGAAAGUCUCAGUCUUCUGAAUCUGUAGGGAGACAGAGCUACAUUGGAGAAGUUGUAGGACAUAUUCUUAGUGAAAUUUUUAAUGAUAAUUUGAACACCAAUUGAGAAAUCUUUCUCCUUUUAUGAAUAAAAUUAACUUUUGAGAAAUAAUCUGAUAUAUUUCAGAUGUUUUCGAAAUUAAGAAAAUAACAUUCAUUUCAGCCAUCACUUAUUUACUCAAUAGUGUUAAGUGUUAUAUUAUGUAACAUUGAGCCGAUCUGCAAAAAAAAAAAUGUUAGAAUAGCAACAUGAAAAAUUUCAUUCCUCCAUUCACAUCAUUUUUUUCAUUUGAACUGCAUAAACAGCUGGCUCAUUUUUAUUAAAAGGGUAAUUUUGUUAAAAAGAGUUUUUUUUUAUAUAUAUAUAUUUUACCAAAGUGUUUUGGGCUGAAAGUGUGUCUUACAUUGCUAUACACAAUAAUUAUAUGUUCUAUAUAUGUACUGAAUAUUGCAGGUACAAAUGCCACAUUUGUGUAUUCAAUCUUCACAUGUUACAAUGAAUGGCUGUAAAUUUUCAAUUUGAUAAAACUUUUUCAAGAACCUAAUAAUCCCAGCAGACAUCGAAAGUUAUAUACUGUUCCCAUGUGUAAGUUAAUAUGAUACAGAGAAAAAGUUUGCUUUAUGAAAAAGAAAUUUAGAUGUAAACAAAGAUAGUCUUGCUGGAGAAAGUCAUAGAUUUUAAAAAGAAGUGUCAAAGCUCUGAAGGAAAUAGAAAGUGACAGAAGGUUUAGUGAGGGGUAGUGCUGGAACUUAAUAGUUUCUGUUAGCCUCAAUGAAUUCAGUUUUUAGAAGGAGAUGAGUAGGAUAAACUAUGCUACCUUUAGCAUUAACACAUGAAACUGGAAUAUGGAUAGUGGCAAUUUUUCCUGUUAAUGCUUUUAAGGGAAUAAAGUGAAUGUUUGAUUGGCUUUCUGAUACUACUUAAAUGAUAAUGAAGAAGGCUGGCUUUUUCUCCUCAGCACAAAUGUAGAAUAUCGUGAGAAUAUGACUUGGUUUUGACUUAAUGUCACAGUUAUGAUUUUAUGCAUUAACCUGCUGUAUGCGUUGAUCUCUUUUCUGUGCUCCUCAGAGCAUAGGAGGACAUUAGACCACGUAAAGCUGUAGUCUUGAGGACAGGAUGACCUGUUAAGAGAAACAAGUAAUGAUAUAAAUAAGCUUUCAUCUUAAUAAAACUAUUGUGAAAAAGUCAGAUUUUAACUUGGACAAAAAUUAUAACUCAUUGUAACACUUAUACUUUUUAUCUUUUCAAUUCAAUUGAUUAGUUUUAAAAUAUGCAUAUUGCAGAUUAUUUGACAUUAAUGUUAAUUUCAGCCACACAUUACUGUUAUUACAUGAUAUUCUGAAUGGUGCAAUGACAAGGCAAUUGGUGUUAUAGUGCUAAUAGUGAAAUACUGGUUGGUAAAAUAAGUAUACUCUAGGUAGAAGUGAUUCACAUAUUCCUAGAUUCAUGUUGUCAGACAAGUCAGGAAAAGUGCAACGGAUUGGUAGAAGUGCAGUCAGAUAGCUAAAAAGCUGCAUUUAACACCACGUGAGUUUAGGAUCAGUCUCACCUGUGUUGCCCUUUUUGAGUAGCUAGACUUCUUAAAUUUUAGAUUCAGCAAAUGCAAAAUGAUGCAUCUCUAAACUGUGCACUGGUCAUAUAAAGCUUAAUUAAAAUUAAUGGUCCACUUAUGCCAGUGUCUACUGUGGUAGGCACAAGUCCAUUGCAAAUGCUAUAUACAAUAAUAUACAUAUGCAUAACUAAGUUCCUUGCAGCCAGCAGGCCCCACUAUCCUAUUAAUCCACCUUGUCCUAGGUUAUGUGACUCUGGAAUAAACCACCGUGUUUGUACAUCAUCAUUGCAUUUUUCUACUUAUGUCUAGUUACACAUCGAAAGCAACAGUUCUAUAAAAGGAAAAUGACCAAAAGCAACAUUCCUGUAGGAAUGAAUAUGGGUGGACAUUAUGCUGAUAGACCCAAUUUUUGGAUAUUUCACAAAAUUCAGAUUAACUUCAAGACUCAAUGACUUUAUUCGUCUGCUGUCUGUCGCUGUUAGAAUAUUAUUGUCUGUUCCAUGAAAAGGGAAAUCUGCUAGCUAUCUUUAUUACACAGGGAACUCACUCACAGAACAGAACUCAUAGUGUUAGCUGCAAAUGCCUUCCUGCUCUGCUCUACUUCAAACGCCAUCACCCAAGUGCGACAACAAAUGAUCUGUUCAGUUUCAAGACCUUUUUUGAUAUAAGGUGAUUAACAAAUUGUAGACAUUAAUAUUUUAUACUAAAAUGUUAAAGUUAUAUUUACUAAGUAAAGCCUCAAGUAUAGCACUGAUGUCGUCUUUGUAUGCCUUUUUUCUAAAGUCCAAGAAGCUUCAGAUUACUCUGUAGACUUGGUUUUCUGUGUGUAAUAUUUUUGUGCAUUUUUGUCCUUGUCAGCAUUUUUUUGUGAUAAAUAAAACUCAUUUCAGAAGGAUUUUGGUGUUCAUGAAUAUAAAAGAAAAAAAGAAAACAUUUACCACUUUUCCAGGUAUAUUUCAUUCUGUAUUUCAUUUGCACUGUCUUAGUUAUUUUAAAAUUAAAUUAAAUUUACUAUGUGAAUAUCAACUAAAGCACAUGGGCAGAUAGAAAAUGCUUGAAAGGUUAAGCUUUGAAGUAUCAUGGCAGUUUCCCUUUGUAAGACGCAGCGGUUGUUUUCCAUAGACAGGUUUGUGAGCCUGCUAAAUUCCAGCUCUGCUGUAGCUUAUGUUGCGGGCAUUGACAGAAUAUUUGAUUACAUUGUGUUGUCUUCUGUGUUUAAAGACAAUAACCUUUACUGUCUUCCUUCAGAAUUCUUUCACCUGUACACACCUGACCUUGCUCAGAUUUUUAUAAUACUCUCGUUAUUAUUUUGUACUACAUUCUAUUAAUAAACUCUAAUGGAAAAGCAAAA